CGGCUGGAGGUUCUGUAGUGACUCGAGACCGGCUGGAGAAAAAUCACAGCGCGCUCUGGCUGGUAGAGAACCCGGCGCGGUGAAUUUCUAACACCUGGGAUUAUUUUCACUCAGCAGGGAGACGGUGUGAAUAUUAUUUUAUCGUGUUGUUCCUCUGACACUGCUACGGCAGUCAUCAUGCCGCUGAACGUGAUCAGUAAGAACUACGACUAUGACUACGACUCGUACCAGCCCUACUUCUACUUUGACACAGAGGAGGAUGAGUUCUACACACAGCAGCACGGGCAGCCGCCGGCUCUCAGUGAGGACAUCUGGAAGAAGUUCGAGCUCCUGCCCACUCCUCCUCUGUCCCCAAGCCGGCGCUCGUCCUUCUCCAGCUCCUUCCCGUCCACUGCUGAUCAGCUCGAGAUGGUCACAGAGUUCCUUGGGGAUGACUUGGUGAACCAGAGUUUCAUCUGCGAUGCAGAUUCGUCACAGACUUUGCUCAAGUCCAUUAUUAUCCAGGAUUGCAUGUGGAGCAGCUUCUCGGCAGCAGCAAAGCUGGAGAGGGCAGUCUCGGAGCGGCUUGCGUGCCUCAGAGCAGCCCGGAAAAGCUCAAGUCAGAAGAGCGAGUGCUCAGAGGACUCUGUUUCUAACGCCGGCUACCUGCAGGAUGUUAAUGUCAACGCUGUUUCAGACUGUAUAGACCCUUCAGUGGUGUUUCCGUACCCGCUCGCAGAGUGUGUGAAGUUCAGUAAGGAGUGUGAGGAGAGCUCUCUGGACACUCCGCCUAACAGUGGAAGCAGCAGCGACAGUGAAUCUGAUGAGGAGGAGGAGGAGGAGAUCGAUGUUGUGACAGUAGAAAAAAGAAAAUCUGCCAAGAAGUGCAAUGCAAGCCCUGUAGUCCUGAAGCGGUGUCAUGUGACCAGCCAGCAGCACAACUAUGCAGCGCAGCCAUGCACACGCAGCGAGCAGCCUGCUGUCAAGCGGCUCCGCUUCAACGGUGGAGCCAUGAGGGCGCACAGGCAAGUCGUCACGAGCCGCAAAUGCACAAGUCCCAAAACGUCAGACUCUGAGGACAACGACAAACGGCGGACUCAUAAUGUGCUGGAGCGCCAGCGGCGUAACGAGCUCAAGCUGAGCUUCUUUGCGCUGCGUGAUGAGGUCCCAGCUGUAGCCAACAACGAGAAGGCAGCCAAGGUGGUCAUCUUAAAAAAGGCCACGGAGUUCAUUGUGGGACUGCAAAGCGACGAGCGAAAGCUCCUGCACUCUAAGGAGCAGCUCAGGAAGAAGUGUGAACAUUUAAAAAGGAGACUAGAAAUGUUGAGCAGCUCCUGAGCCGCUCUGGACUGGGACUUUUUAAAGCCCUUCAGUUGUUUGAAUUUUGAUGGCGCAGCACUGAGCUGACGUACGGACUCUACUUGCACCCCAUCAUGGUUGCGGACUCGACCUUAAUGCAUUUACACUGCCUCAGUUUCACUUGAGGUUUCAGAUUUGUAUUUAAUUUUAUAUUUAGCAGUAAUGGACAGCAGUACCACUCACUGUUGGUCUUAACUUAAUGUUUUGGGUUCUUUUGUAAAUUUUGUACAUAUUUCCAAAUGUUAAGAUACUGUAUCAAUUUGUCAAUCAUAAAUACAUUCUUUAUAAAUUGCAUUUGACUAA